UUAACGAAGAACAAUUAUAGUUCAAACUUUAGAUCUUGAAUUGGUUUUACCAUUCAUAAAAGAUGAACGAUACAAUUUGUUGCUCAUUUAUCUUCUAUUUUUUAUAAAUUAAUUAAUAUCAAAUUAACGGUAAAAAAUAGAUUGAACAAAAGAAAAUGAUUGUAUUCGCGUAUCCGUAUCUAUCAUACCGUACUACAUAUCCGAACUUCAUAACAUUUUCUUUACUUUUUGUUUUCUAUAAACUCUUCAUGUUACUCUCAUUGGAAGCAAGUAGUACAAUGGAAGGGAAGCAAACAUCAGUUGAGAAGGUUUGGAAAGACAUCAUAUUUGAAGAAAUAGAAGUUGAAGAAGAGGAGGAAGGUGGUGUUGAAGAUGAUGAGAAGAAGAAAGGUGUUUGUGUGAGUGGGAGAAAAGAGCCAAGUAGAGGUGGAAGAUUUUCUUCACCUAUUUGUCAAGUAGAAAGUUGUGGAGCUGAUUUAACUUUUUCAAAGAGAUAUCAUCGUCGCCAUAAGGUUUGUGAGGUUCAUUCCAAAGCAUCUGUUGUGGUGGUUGCAGGGAUGAGGCAAAGGUUUUGCCAACAAUGUAGCAGGUUCCAUGAGCUUGCAGAGUUUGAUGAAUCAAAACGAAGCUGCCGAAGACGCUUAGCGCGACACAAUGAACGGCGUCGUAAAAGCACUGCUGGAACUUGCACUGAAGGAAGCAGUACUGGCCAAAAAAACAAUGAUGGUGAUUGGAGACAAAUUCAUAUGAACAUAACAAGUAGUUCUGGUCAUGAUUUUCUGAAUUUCAGAUGAAAAUUCAUAUUUUUUUCAGCACGCUUACUCCCUUCUGUCAUUGGUUCCUUACAUGCCAAGGAAAAUAAUAAAGACCUUUUCUAUUUUACCAGAAUAUAAGGAUGAGGAAAAUAAUAAACCAGAUGAGGAAAGAAAAAUUUUCAAUAUAUCUAAGGUGGCAUAUAUCAUAUUAUAGCAUCCUCAAAUGUUGUAUAUAAUGUGUAUAUACCUCAA